AUGCUCAAAAUCCCAGAGGAUCUGGGCUUUAGUGCUGAGGAGUGGGAAAAGAUACAAAGGGCAGUAUAUUGGAGUGAACCAGACCGUCCGAUUACCAAUGUAACUAUGUGCACCAGUCCGGACCACUCCACAUUCAUUAUUAAUGACUUCAAGGACAGUUACUAUGUAGGAGAAGAACUCCUCGUCACCAUUGUUGCCAAGGACUUCACUGGUAGACCAAAAAGCUACGGAGGGGAUUUCUUCCAAUCAAAGGCUUAUUCUAACAAAUUAAAGGCUAGUGUGUUUGGAGAGGUACUAGAUCAUCAGAAUGGCACCUACCUGGCCCGGUUUACCCUGCCAUGGGCAGGCGAGGCUUCGGUGGCAGUCCGCCUGAUUCACUCCAGUGAGGGUGUGCAAAUCCUCAAGCGACACUGGGACACAGACCCUGACCGCGUCGACUUCUACGGCCAUUUUGAGGGCAAGAACCCCCAGGGUGCUAAAAUGAAGGAGACGGUGGCCUGUACCGUUAAGUGGGAAGGGGUGGCAAUGCCUGGCAAGGGGAACUGCUGCUGUGAGUACCCAGAUGUCCGUACAGGGCUGACGUGGUACUGCCGUAAACCCCCAACUCUGCCCUGCAAUACCCUGGUGUACUACACUUUUGGUGUUUACAAGAAUCACAUGACAGACCUUGAGAACAAAAUCAUGGACAAAAAACAUGUGAAUCGUUGGAUCAAGGGUGAUUCACAUGUGAUAAGAGUCCUUGCCUCUAACGCCACUCUUGGAGUGAGAGAGGCGUGUAAACCUGGCAUGCCCACGCCGAUACCAGCAGGAUUCUACUUGCAUGAUGUUUGGACAUCUUUUGUGUGUGCCACCCGUCACUUCGAUGCAGGGAACACAACUAAAUGUCUGAAGGACAAGCACAUCUACAUAAUGGGAGACUCCACUACCAGACAGUGGUAUGAUUUCAUCAUAGGAUCCGUGCCUACUCUGAAGCGCAUGAACCUACACACCGUUGAGACUAAUGGGCCCCAUAUGGCCGUGGACGUGGAGAACAAUAUCGACCUGCACUACCGCUCACAUGGCAACCCGCGCAUCAGCGUUAAGUGGCAGAUCAUGGCGGACAUGCACUACAUUAGUAACGAGAUAGACGACAUGGCUGGAGGACCGCACACUGUUAUUGUCCUCAACAUUUUUGCACACUUCACCACCUUCCCUUUAUCCUACUUUGCCUAUCGGGUGUCCCUGAUCAGGCGUGCAGUUGUGGAUCUGUUGAGACGUGCGCCAGAGACCAAGGUCAUCGUCAAGACAGCCAACACAGGGCACAAGGAUUUCUAUCGCACUGACUGGCUAUCUAUGCAGCUUGAUCAAAUACUACGAGAAACAUUCCAUGAUGUUGGAGGAGUCUACAUUUUGGAUGUGUGGCAGAUGACUGCCUGUCACUAUAACACAGAGAACAUCCAUCCUGGUCCAGUGAUCAUCAAAAAUGAAGUCGACAUUCUUCUCUCUUUUAUUUGCCCCACGUGAGGAGAAUGUUUCCCCUUGCCACUGUCCUCUCUGUGUCUGUUUACUGUGGCUAUGUUCAGAUUGUCAGCCCAAAUCUGAUUUUUGUCAGAACACCAAGUAAGGACAGCAAGAAAAGGUCUCCAGAAGGGGCAAGAUAUCUGUAGACAACUGCCAUAUUGGCGUAACAAACGCCAUACAUUUUGAAUAGACUGUGCACAAAAUCUACAAACCACCAUUGACAAAAAAAGACAGGAUACCUUUAAUGAAGGAUUUAAACAUGGGGCUAUCUGUCAAUGUGCUUACUGGUGUGAUGAAUCCUGAAGCAAGUGAUGGGUGUCCUUUUU